CGCACUGGACUCGCGGUGCUGGGCUGCAGCUAUGGAGCAGGCACCUCCGGACCCCGACAAGCUGCUGCAGCCUGCACCCGUGGAGCCGCUGGGCGGCCCUGGCGCCGUGCUGGAAGCCGCGGUCGGCGAGGAGACCGAGGACACCAGGGAAGACGGCUCAGGGGUCGACACGAUGACGGGAAAUAAUUUUUGGUUGAAGAAAAUAGAAAUCAGUGUUUCAGAAGCAGAGAAGAGAACUGGAAGAAACGCUGUGAACAUGCAAGAAACGUACACUGCUUACCUCAUUGAGACACGGUCAGUGGAGCACGCUGAUGGGCAGAGCGUCCUCACAGACUCACUGUGGAGGCGGUACAGCGAGUUCGAGCUGUUGAGGAACUACCUUCUGGUGUGCUACCCGCACGCUGUUGUGCCGCCUCUUCCUGAGAAGCGGGCAGAGUUCGUGUGGCAUAAACUCUCUGCGGACAACAUGGAUCCAGACUUCGUGGAGAGACGACGGAUAGGCUUAGAAAACUUUCUCUUGAGGGUCGCUUCACAUCCUGUCCUUUGUAGAGACAAAAUCUUCUAUUUGUUUUUAACACAGGAAGGUAACUGGAAAGAGACUGUGAAUGAGACUGGAUUUCAGCUAAAGGCAGACUCCAGGUUAAAAGCGCUUAAUGCAACAUUCAGAGUGAAAAACCCAGACAAGAGAUUUACUGAGCUGAAGCACUACAGUGAUGAGCUACAGUCUGUCAUCUCUCAUCUCCUUCGAGUCAGAGCUAGAGUAGCAGAUCGACUCUAUGGUGUUUAUAAAGUACAUGGAAAUUAUGGGAGAGUUUUUAGUGAAUGGAGUGCCAUUGAGAAAGAAAUGGGCGAUGGACUGCAGAGCGCCGGGCAUCACAUGGACGUCUAUGCAUCUUCUAUUGAUGAUAUUUUGGAAGAUGAAGAGCACUAUGCAGAUCAGCUGAAGGAGUAUCUGUUUUAUGCGGAAGCACUGCGGGCGGUGUGCAGGAAGCAUGAGCUUAUGCAGUAUGACUUGGAGACAGCUGCUCAGGACCUGGCUUCCAAAAAACAGCAGUGUGAGGAGCUGGCCACUGGGACUGUGAGAACAUUCUCAUUAAAGGGGAUGACUACCAAACUCUUUGGCCAAGAAACUCCAGAGCAGAGAGAAGCCAGAGUAAAGGUGCUUGAAGAGCAGAUAAAUGAAGGGGAACAGCAGCUGAAGUCUAAAAAUCUGGAAGGCAGAGAAUUUGUGAAAAAUGCAUGGGCUGAUAUCGAACGCUUCAAAGAACAAAAGAACCGGGACUUAAAGGAAGCCCUCAUCAGCUAUGCCGUCAUGCAGAUCAGCAUGUGCAAAAAGGGAAUUCAAGUUUGGACCAAUGCCAAGGAAUGCUUUAGCAAGAUGUAAUCCCAUGAAGUGACUUUCUCUUCAAUCAAAGUGCCCCGAAACGAAGCACAAAUAAAAAGAAAUCCAUUUGCCACAUAAUAUACACAAAAGUAUACGGUAAACUGAACAAAUCAGCCUUCUUUAACUUAGGUAUAGUUGUGUUCAUAUAGCACAAAAGAAUACAUUUUAAUGAAGAAUAAAUAUUAUACUUUGAGGUUUUGGGGACUGGUGCUGAUUCCAAAAAAUUAAUUUAAUAAGAGAUACCAACAGAUUCUUAGUCAGGCUUCUGAACCAGUGACUGGACGUGAGGAUGUUAGUUAAUUUCCAUGUGUUCCUCUCAGUGACAGUUGUUCCAAGUCUUAUGUGGGGGAGUGCUUCCCAAGACAAGACUGCUGUGGGACCCACUUCUGCUGUAGGGUUAUUUUAUCUUGCCUUAGAAUUGAACUGUUUGGUUUGACAAAGCCCAGCAGAAACUUGUUGUGAAAUCUGAGGUUUUUCUUCCCUGUUCUUAGAUCCCUGUACCACCUGUGUACACUAGAAAAUGCCUUCAGUUUGUGUUUCACCAAAAUUUUGAUACUGAUCAGAAUUUUAUACUGCCAACAAUGAAGUUUCAGCUUCUCAGAUUACUCUGAUCUGGGAAUCGCUGUAUAGGAAGUUUUAAUUGAGCAUUAUUAUUCUCAAAUAAUUGUUAACCUCAGCAGCAAGCCGCAAGUUCUUCUGCUUGGCCCUGUGCACGUGGCAUGUCAGGGUACGAGAUGGAGCAUUUCCAUGUGUAAGACGCGCAUAGCGAACACAUGUGGGCUGGUGCCAUCAUCGCUUAUGUACGUUUCUAUUGCCUGGCUGUGGUGUUUGUAAAGAGAAAUUACGUUGUUGUGUCUCAGUGUGUGUCUCAUGUGCACAUUCAGAAGCCAGGCACUGUCACUCUGCUAGCUACAGGGCCUUAGCUGUGCUUCAUUAUUUCUAAUGUUUCAAACUAUGCGCAGUACUGUUUAACAUUUGACUUCUUUACAUGUUUAAAAUGUUGCUGGAGUUUUGUGCUGUUUGCCAAACUUAUACAGUAAAUAAAGGAAGUGUCGUGUUUGUUUCCA